AUGGAAACAAUUCUCAAACAGCUCAUACGGGCCGGCACCAGAAUCCAGCAAAUUGGGAAGAAUGGAUUUGGAAUUUUGACGGCCUUCUUACCCUUUGCUGAGUACGAUACAAUCCUCUUUGCCAAGGAUCCAAGCACCAAAGCACGCAUCCAACGACCUGGCUAUGCAGAUCCAACAAAGCCAACGCCAGAAGAAAUCUCUGCACAGAAAACCUAUGAUAAUGCAAAUCGUCAGGUGGCCACAUGGUUACGCACUGCAGCCGGCAAGGAACACCGACAUAUCCUCGAAAAGACACCUUCUGAUGGUGUGGCAAUUUACGAUGCGCUUUUCGAGCUCUAUGCCAAAAGGAUGAAGCAUGCGCUUCAGAGCCAAUCAACAGAGUCAUGGGCAGACCUGGUCAAACGUGUGGAUGAUGCCACCCAUGCACUUGACCGUCUCCGCCCAGCCGAUUGGAACAUACAGAAGGAGACAGAGGAACUCAAGGCAUUUACACUACUCAAUGCCAUCCCCACUGAGCAUCAGCUGCGCACCAGCAUUGUCGUUUCCAACACAAUCAAUUACGACAAAAUCAAAACAGCAAUGCUCCUAUUCAACACAACGACACCAGAAUCGCAGGACAUAGCACCCGAGGUUGCUGCCGCCGUUACCACACCAACAAAAUGCCUCUUUUGCCUAAACAUCGGCCAUUUUGUCAAAGAUUGCCGCACAAUGGUCCGCUUCCAGCAGAUGUACCUGAACAAGCGCGCCGAGCGACGAGCCGGUACCUCCGGAACCCAGCCACACCGAGCACGUGGACGCAGUGAUCGGAGCUCUGCUCAGGACGGUCACACCAGGCACAUGCUGCACAAGCAAUCGAUAAGCCUACAGAGGUCGAAUAUGCCGGAAAUGCAAGUUUGUCCCAAUUACCCGUACCUACAGCAGCUGACAGCUGGAUUGCUGAUUCAGGAGCCUCCUGCCAUAUGA